CCAUCCGUCGGGCUUGACGGUCGAAGAGGAGGAGGAGGGCGGUGUGUUUCCACCGGGGACAGUCCCGUGGAGUGGAGCGGCAGCACGGACGGACAUUUUCAUCCUGAGUCGAAACAAAUCAAACCAAACAGAAGAAGAAGAAGAAGAAGAAGAAGAAUCCUAACCAGCUCUUUCUUGCUUGAGGUCAAACUUCGACAGUCAUCAUGGCAGACGAAUCAGACAUGCGCAACGAGCUGGCUGACCUGCAGACGCGCGCAGACCAGGUGACCGAUGAGUCUUUGGAGAGCACUCGGCGUAUGCUGGCUCUGGUGGAGGAGAGUAAAGAUGCCGGCAUCAGGACUCUGGUCAUGUUGGAUGAGCAGGGAGAACAACUUGAUCGUGUGGAGGAGGGCAUGAACAAGGUGAACGCAGACCUGAAGGAGGCCGAGAAAGAUUUAAAAGAUAUAGGCCAGUGCUGUGGUCUGAUUUGCCCAUGUAUUAAAAAGAUUAAGGGCGGGGGCCAGGCCUGGGGAGGGAACCAGGAUGGCGUGGUGAACAGCCAGCCCGGCGCUCGAGUGGUGGACGAGCGUGAACAGAUGGCCAUCAGUGGGGGCUUCAUCCGCAGGGUAACAGACGACGCCCGGGAGAACGAGAUGGAUGAGAACCUGGAGCAGGUGGGCGGGAUCAUCGGGAAUCUGCGUCACAUGGCCCUGGACAUGGGCCAGGAGAUCGACACCCAGAACCGCCAGAUCGACAGGAUCAUGGAGAAGGCUGAUUCCAACAAGACCCGGAUUGACGAGGCCAACCAGCGUGCUACAAAGAUGUUGGGCAGUGGCUAAAGUGCUGCAAAAAAAAAAAGUGCUUUCAUCCCCCCUUUGAUCCCAAAUCACCCUAAAAAAUAACCACACCCACCAAACCCAGCCCCCCGACACCAACGGCCAGCGCCCACUUCCUAGGCGCUGCAACAUCAUGCUUCUAACGUGUAACAUGUAGAGGUUUGCACACAUGCACAUAUCAUUCAUCCCUCUCAGUCCCGCCCUCCCCCUCCCCCCUCCCCUUGUCGUCAGUGAUGCUCUGUGUUGUUGUUCUUAUGAUUUUAUGAAUAAAUUAUAGUCCUGUCA